GACACAGCUGAUAGGCAAUAUUUCAUUUCAAAGACAUUUGUGAUGUACCCGUAAUCUUUUUAAAAUGAAAGAAGUUUGUAGAUUUGAGGUUUUCACUUGUGCCAACAGCUGAUGUUUUCUUUUCUUUACCAUUUGAACUCAAAUAUAUAAACAAAUGGUGAGUAUGAACUCAAAUAUUCGAAUUUAAAGGACGUGAAGUAUUUAUUAGUAUGUUCUUUUGUUGACAAUUUUUAAUUGUCUUGACUAGUAUUUUUAUAGUAUAAGUGUAGUAAAGUCAGUUUUAAUAGUUGUAUAUUUUUUAUUAUUUAUUUAUAUAUACUUGUUGGUCAAAUAUGGAGGAAAAGAGCUACACAAUCAGAUACAUAAACUUAUAAAUAAUAUUUGGCAAGAAGGGAAAAUCCUGACAGAGUGGGAAACAGCAUUAAUAAUACUAAUACCCCAAUACACAAGGAAAGGCUCCAAACUUCAGUGCACAAACUACAGAGGAAUCUCCCUAUUAAAUGUUACAUACAAAAUACUGAAGAAGCUUAUUGCCAAAAGAAUACAACCUUACACUGAAGAAAUACUAGAUGAUUACCAAUGUGGAUUCAGGCCUAACACUAACAGAUGAACGACUGAUCAGAUUUUUACCAUCAGAUGCCUAUUAGAGAAAUGCUAUGAAUAUAAUGUGGCAGUGUAUGCCCCGUUAGUCCGUUAUUUUGAGACAACCGCUAUUAGUACAACCAUUUUUGGCGCCCAACGCGAGGUCGCGCGGUGUGACCUCGCCUAGCACUGGAUCGGAAUGUUGAACUCAGGUAUCCCUUUCACCCCACCCGGACGGUCGCGCAUAGGGAGGAAAUAAUAGAAUACCACGAUGUGCGCUUUAGUUAGAAAAUCAAUAAUUUAUUUCUCGGGAACCCUAGCGUAUUAAGUUAUAAAUUAUAUCUAGUUAGAAAGGGGAUUUUAUUCACUAUACCUUAGCAUAUUUACAAGUUUCCAUCGUUGGAGGAUAUUUUAACAUUUAGUCAUUAAAGGAGUUUUCGCCUUCAUUUAUAGUGGUCCCCACCCCUUCUAGUUAAAAUAUCUCAAAAACUAUUUAACUAAUAAAAAUAUAAAAUAGUAUCUUAGAUAGCUGAGACAAAACUGCACAGAUCACAUAUAAGUCGUUAGGGCUUUGGUCAGAGAUUUUAAUUAUUACUCGGGAUUAGUCCCCAGAGUUAGGCAUUUUAUCCCAGGAAACUGGCCAGAAGGCAAAACGUAGACCGACUUGGUUUAGGUCUGACGGAGAAGCUCUCUCAUAUGUCCGCGCACGGCUUUAAAAGGGGGAGCACACUAAAUUGGGGGGUCAUUCGAGAUUGGUCAGCAUCCCUGCAGUGUGCCUUUGUUCAGUGCGGCCCAUUGGAACGCUCUGUAAGUAGAGGCAAAUACGCCAUUUUAUUUCUUUGUGGUUAGUAGGAACUUGUUGAGUGUUAGCAUUAGAAGAUUUCUGUUCAGACUUAUAGCCAGGAUAUAGUGUAGAAUAACCUACAGCGUGUAGACUUAUGCUCAGGCUAUUUUAAAGGUUAACAUACAACCGGUAAAUAAAUUCUUUAAUAGGAUUAAUAAAUUAGAUACCAGUGACCAGGGUUUGUGAGCGUAACAAACAACUGCAUAUCGUUCUGGGUACACAUACUGCAAUGCGCUUAUAAUAUAAGCUAUUGAUACAACAGUAUACAACCAGCGAGUGUCCGUCAAAUAUGUGUAAUAGGCUAACUUUCCUGCCGUGUGCUAAAUUCUCACAUAGGAAAUGGUGCAUGUGUGAGGAUCAUAUUCCAUAUAAUGAUUCAUUCUGCAAUCUGCUGUUGUCUUAACAAGACACAGCGAUGGGCAGAUACAAGUAUCAAGCCAACGGUGGUCAUACUUUAUACCAUUGUAUGUACUGUCCUGCUAUGGGUGCUUCUUACAUAGACACCAUACCUGGAUGGCAUACUAUAAUAACUUCAAGAUCUUUAAAGUUUAUGUUAGCCCUCACAUCGCACUCUGGUUCUGUGUGUAGCAUUAACACUGUGCAUGUGUUUCAAAUUAAACACUACACGUGGUUUCUUAAACAUUCGUAAUACAAAAUAAGUAUCUUUGCCAUGUGUAUAAAACAAUACUACGUACGUAUCAUUUAUCAUGCUUUCUAAUUAAGUAUAUGUUGUCGCCACGUGUAAUUACGUGGUUAUGUAACAUGUUUAUUGUUCGCUAUGUUAGUCAGGACAUUGUUGACCUGUACUAUUUGUUUAUUUUCAGAUAUUGUCCUUUUUCUUCAUAGGCUUCUUCUCCAUAGUUCAUAGUGUCCUUUUUCUUCAUAGGCUUCUUCUCCAUAGUUCAUAGUGUCCUUUUUCUUGUUUUCAUCAUAGUAGAGCAUCAAUUAUAAAGCUAUAGUCCUCAAGACCUGAUUGUUUCAUUUUGAUUUUAUUUAAAAACUGUAAGCUACGUCACCACUCGGCUACAAUAAUAUACCAGUUCAUCAACUCUAUGUGGACUAUAAAAUGGCCUAUGACAGCAUCAAAAGAAACUAUCUAUACAAGACUCUGCAGGAGUUUGGGAUACCCAACAAACUGACAAGAGUAAUACAUGUAAUAUGUAACACUAAACAACUCAAAAAAAGCAAAAUAAAGAUUCAAGGAGAAUAUUCAAGGGAAUUUCAUAUUAGACGAGGCCUAAGACAGGGAGACUCACUGUCUUGUAUGCUUUUUAACCUAACAUUAGAGAGGGUUAUUAGAAACAUACACAUUGACACUCGAACGAUAACAGGAUACUUUCUGAGGGAAACUCAAAACCCACAACCAAAGGGCACACUCUACAACCAACCACUUCAGUAUCUUGCAUAUGCUGAUGACAUAGCAUUUCUAGGGAAAGUAUUAAAGACAUAUCAAAAUCCUUUAUUGAAUUAGAAGACGCAUAUCUACAAGCAGGGCUGGAAGUUAAUAACCAAAAAACAAAAUACAUGACCAUGAAAAGAGAAGAACAAACAGAUGAAGCAAUCAAAAUUAGAAACCAGACUUUUGAAAAAGUAAAUCAAUCCAAAUACCUAGGAUCCUUGUUAAAUGAAAGAAAUGAAUUACGAACAGAAAUAAAAGAAAGAAUAUCAGCCGGAAACAGUGGCGUAGCGAGGGUUUUUGGCGCCCGGGGACAAGAUUCGCGCCCGGGGACAAGAUCCAUUUUAAAGCGCCCCUUUUUCUUUUUUUCAACUCUCAAACCCAUUAUUUUCAUCAAUAAAAUAAUAUCACAGCACAUUUUGGCGCCCCUAACUAGCUGGCGCCCGGGGACAUCUGUCCCUCCUGUCACAAAUGACUGGGGCGGGGGUAGAGGACAGAGCUCCAUUGUUGUUAAGGUAACUUAUAGGAUGGCAGGAAACUGCUGUUAAUGGGGUUAAGUUAAGGUUAAUAGACUCUCACAUCUUGAUAUAGUGUGGAUUGUUUCUUUGGAUAAUAGUAUGUUCGGGUUUUCCAGACUUCGCGUGAUAGUUUUUGGGUUAACAAUGGGAAGGUCUAAUUGACCGGAAAUUAAGGGGCAUGGGUGUGUUUAUAGAUAGCAUUCCUGGACCACCUAUGGGGGGUAGAGAACCACAUAUAAGAGGGAGCUUUCAUUGAGUUAAGUGAGUUGAGGGAGAGUGAACAGAGCUACGACGAGUUGAGGAAGAGGGAAAGGAGCGACAGUAGUUAGUUGAGGAAGAUAGAGAAGAACUACGGAUUACUUGAGGAAGAGAGAGAAAAGAGCUACGAUAGAACUGAGCAGUUGUUAGGGAAUACUUGCUAGAGACCAGAAGACGACAGAUGAUAGAAGAAACUUAUAUCUUAGAAAUAAACAUACUUUCAUUAUCGUUGGACACCUGGAGUUUGAGUUGUUACAUUUCGUCCAAGUCUACGUUGUGCUUUUGUCUGUCUCAAUGCCUAGAUACCCACAAUAUAAAUCACAGAGAGGAGCGGUCCUGUACUGACCACUGCUAAGUCAGUAUAGUUGGUGAUAAGUCAGGACCGGAGCCCUCCUCCGUAACAACCGUUCUGUGACACCCCCCUGCCCCCACCACACUACGCCUCUGGCCGGAAACAGGGCAUACUUCAGUAGUCAGAAAAUACUCAAAAGUAAAAACAUUACAAGAGAAACAAAGAAAGCUAUUUAUAAACUGUGAUCAGACUAGUUGUAACAUAUGUAAGUGAAACCUGGACCCUAACAAAAACAGCAGAAAACACAUGGGACAUGAAAGUUCUCAGGAAAAUAUAUGGGCCAACAAAGGAUGAAUAUGGAUGGAGAAUACGAACCAAACAUGAAUUAUACAGUCUACAUCAGGAUCCCACGAUAGUUGCAGAAAUAAAAAGAGGCAGUCUACGCUGGGCAGGACACCUAGAGAGAAUGCCAAAUGACAGAGGAACGAUUAGGGUGCAUCACCAAUACCUCAGAGGAAAAAGGCUCAAAGGCAGACCUAGGCUUAGUUGGAUAGAUGAUGUGGAAAAUAAUCUACAGCAGUUGAAAGUCCAACCAUGGAAAAGAAAGGCAUUAGUUAGGACUGAGUGGAAGGAAGUGGUGAGGCAGGCCAAAGCCCUACAUGGGCUGUAGCGCCACAGGGAUGGAUGUAUUGUUGGUCAAUGCAAAGAAGAGAAGAUGGUGCUUAGCAGACUUAAGCCUAAAGUUAAAGCCUAAUGAUACUCCAUUUUCUUAGUAAUCUUAGACUUUGACUUAGUAAGAUACUGUCACUGUUGUAGUUGAUUUUUAAAUUUACCGUAAAUACUCGCAUAUAAGCCAAAUUUAGAACUAUAAAAUACAAUACUGAAAUCAGGGGCUCGGCUUAUAUGCGCAUAAAACAAAAUGGACACAAGACAGACACUAAUGCCAAUUUUCCAAAAAAAAUUCUAAAUAUAUACUUCGUUAAUCAUUAGUUGUGAACAACUUAUGAGCGGAAGUUCAGAUAUUAUUAUAGCAAACAAUGUGGAAAGAGCAGAACACGUUUUUGUGUCAUUCCAAAAGGUAAACAAACUGUUAUGUAACAUAAAAGUAAGCAUUUUAAAUCUUUACAGUAAUAAAUUUGUAUGAACCAAAAAUAUGGAGUAAAAUUAGACAUUGUAUUAGGGUUAUAUGCGGGUUUUUGCAAAAACUGGUUAUUUUAAAGACUAAAACGUGUUCAAGUUCAGACAGUAGGCAGGAGCAGGAAAUAUUUAUGAAUUAUUGAUGCGAAGGAAGAUGUUAUUGUAGAGAGAAUGAAUUUUUAUUUUCUUAUCGUAAAAGGCCUUUUUGACAAACCUUAAUUUGAAAGAGACCAAGCUGACAGCUCGGAAUUUUAAAGCAGUUUUAGUGGGUUGGUUUAUAGGCGAUGUAGGCUUAUAUGCGAGUAUACACAGUAAGUCAAGCUGAAACUGAAGGAAAAAGUGAACAGUGAAACUGAAAGGCAAAGCCAAAUAAAAACUCCAAUAAGCUAGUUCAGUUCAGAUGACACUAAUCACUAAUGUUCAAUAAGUGUAAACCGAUAAAGUAAAUGAAAUGAAAAAAAUGAGUGUCUAGUUAGUUUGACAGAAAUUUUAAAUAAAAGUUAAACCCUUUUUAAUGGCUAAAAAAAUAGGUACAGUGAAAGUCACUCGUGCAUACCUUCUGUGCAUUUCGAAAAAAAGAUGCAAAAACUUGAGUGGCUAUUUUUACAUUUGUCUUGGGGGAUUAUCUUUUUUUUUUUUUUUUUUUUACAUUUUAAGACAGUUUUCUAAUAAUAAAUUAUUUUGUCAUUCAGUGGCAUAAAUCGCAUGUUUUUCCAAUCACAGCAAUAUCAUAUUUUUUUACAUUUGUCUCGGGGGAUUUUCUUUUUUUUUUUUUUUUUUACAUUUUAAGACAGUUUUCUAAUAAUAAAUUAUUUUGUCAUUCAGUGGCAUAAAUCGCAUGUUUUUCCAAUCACAGCAAUAUCAUUUUUGUAGCAUUGUGUAUUUUGUGAGUGGCAACAGAUUUAUUUUAAUGGAUCAGUAUGCACUUAAAAGCUAAUCAUUUUUAACUGCAAACUCGCAGAACAUAAUGCUUUACAGUUACUACAGCGCUAGGGCUUCAUUUUGCAGAAAGGGCAAUAACUUUAUUUCAUUUAAAAUAGCAAUAGCUGCAAAAAGUUAGGAACCUCAGAAAUUAAGGAAAUUAUGAAAAUGUGAUUAUUUGCACGAGUUAUUCCCCCUCAUAUCAUAAAAUUGGGUUGUCAGGAAUGGCUCUUGUCAUUAAUUUAUAAUGAAGAUAUAAAUAAGAUGACCCUUAUUAUUCAUCUUCAAAAAUCCGUGGAACACUUGUCAGUUAAUUAAUAGGAAACAGUUUACAAUAUUAUUAGAAAUUAAUAAAACCCAUUAAAUUAAAGAGUUUUUAUUAAUUUUAGUUUGUGCAGUUGGUUGAAAAUCGGACCAGUUUUGUCCCUUGAUUUACAUAAAUAAUUAUACAAUAAUAUGUAUAGUAUAAAUUGAAAUUAAGAAAUUUUAUGAGAGAAUGCCUAAAAUUUGUAUCUGAUCUUCUUUAUUGAAUCAAUAAUAGUUUAAUAAUUGUAAUAAUAACCUAUGUUAUUCUCUAAUUAUUGACAUUACUAUAUUAUAUUAUUACUAUAUUAUAAUGUAUAUUUUAAUAUGCCUAACCUAAUACCAUUACUAAUAUUACUAAUUUAAGUUAGUAUUUAAAAAAAAAUUAAAAUAAAUUUAAUUAUAAAUUCAAGACUCGAAUAAACAAAAUAGUCAAUAUUAUCAUAGAAAUUAUUUUUUUAUGUAAACAAAAACAGUUUACAUUGACAAAUAUUAAAUAUUUCUAAUUCUAAUCAAAGUAAAAGAAAUUAGUUUUACUUAACAAAAAAGCAAUAGGAAAUUGUGUAGAUUCAGGUUAUGAUUAGAUGUUAUUUCUAGGUUUGGUUCAGACACAAGAGAAAAUUUUAAUUUUCUGUUAAAGAAAUCCUUCCAUCAACAAGGAGGCAGGAUUGGACAAAGACACAGUUUUUGAAAGAGAGAUUGUGGAUUUAUCAAGAAGACCAAGCAGUUUGAAGAGCAGUCUAAAUAGAAAAUGACAGGCAGACCAUCCCCAUUACCUUUUAAAAUUCAAUCACACACCCUGGUACUGGUAUGCUCAUAUUAGUCUUAUUGGUGAUAUUAGUUGUUUUUAUUUCUAAUCUUGUGAAUUCAACUUUAUUGUAAAACUUUAUUGACACCUGUGUCAGAACCAUUUCCCUGGAACAUUUAACAGGGGUGAAAGCACUCCCUGUGGUGUGGAAGACCUAGAAAAUAAAUUGCAUUUACUGCCUGUGCUAGUUGUUCCAGUUGUUAAAAAUAAAAUAAUUUUUUUUAAAAUUUGAUUAGCAGCAGUAAAUGUUUUUUUUUCUGGUGAACUUUUAUUGUGCAUUAGGACUACUUGUAUUGGUAAAUUUUUUCUUCAUUCUGGAAAGUUAAUGAAACAAAUAUAACUACAAUAACUAAAUUAUUUAAUUAUUGUAAUUUUAACAGUUUUAUUACAAUGUAAUUUAUGGGGGGGGGGGGGGGGGUUUGUGGGGGAAAAGUUUUAAUCUUGUUUACUACAAUUAUGGUAAGGGUUUGGAAAUGUGUUUAGGGGUUGUGGGGAAAUGUGUUCAGGGGUUGUGGGGAAAGUUUUUAAAUUGAGAUAGGAUGCAGCGCUGCAAACAUUUUAAACACGCCCUCCCUAGACAACUAUUUUUCGUUCCAUCCCACUCCAUGUGGUAGCCCUAUUUCUAUUAUUCCCAUCUACACUACACAUUUCAACAUAAAUUCUCAUGAUUGUCAAUUAUCAAUGUCACUACUCCCAGAUUCUCCUCCUCUGUGACGGCCUGUAAAUUGAUCAAAGGUCAUUUCUCAAACUCGCAUACCUGUACUGAUUCUCUCAUUGUUCACAGUUUAAAAAUAAAAUAAUUAUAAUUUUUGUAUCAAACAAUAAUUAAUAAGGUUGAAAAAAUAUCUUUAAUAAUGUGUUAUUAAGUGACAUUUUUUCAAGAAUGUCCCCUUUUAAUAAGACAUCACAUUGUUUAACCCCCCCCCCCUUCCACACAUAAAUAUGACACUCCCCCAAUGCGUGACAUCAUUUAUGGAUGGUCCCCUUACUCAAUUGCUAAUGGGCAUGGGAAUGUGGAUGUAGGCGUAGACCAAGAUGUCUUCUAAUGAGAAAGGGCGGAGUCAGACCUAAAUUAUGUGUCAAAAGGAGUCCUGUAUUAUUAAAAAUUACAUUCACAUUAAAAAAUAAUAAGCUAUUAAGUAGGUACCGAGGUAUAAAAAUAAAUCCGUUGGCAGUCACAAAAUACACAAUGCUGCAGAAAUGAUAACACAGUUAGGAAAAAUAUGCGCUCUACCUUACUCAGGACAAAAUAAUUUAUUCUUAGAAAACUGACGUAAAUGCAAAAAAACAAGAUAAUCACUGGGACGAAUGUUAAAAUGGCCACAAAAGUUAAUGCAUCAUUUUUCGACAAGCGCAGAAGGUGUGGGUGAGUGAGUUUCGUUUUACCUAGUGUUACCAAAGUACCUAAAACUGGACUUAGACUUUAGGACAUUUUUCAAAGACAAAAAACUGUUGGCUGAGACUUAAAAUAAUAUUUAUUAAAUAAAUAGUACACUUGAAUAAAGUUAUUUAAUAAUCUUUUUUUUUAAAUUUCAGUUAUUUACUCAAGAAUUUUAAGGAAUGCCAUUUUUGAGUGGUACUUUUAAAAUUAACAACAAUCGCAAGUUUACAAACAUUUUUUAGUAAGGAAGAAUUUAUUUUAACUUUUAACAUAUUUAAAAGGAAAACUCAAUUCUUGUUACCGUACUACAAGAAUAUCAACAAAAGGGAGAUAAUCCUACACAAACACAAGCCAUAUCGCAGAGAGCGUAAAUUGACCUAUUAUUAUUGUUGAGACCAUAUAAUUAUUAUCAUCAUAUGUCAUACUCGUAUUUAAAAAUGAUUAGACUUACAUUUACCUACCAUUACAAAUACAUGGUUGUUGUGCUUCUUUUUAUACCCUAUUCAUUUAAAUCAGCUAGACUAAGCAAUAAUAAUGCCAAUAGGUUUAUGUUUUUUUUUUUAAUUUAAAAUAAUAAAUUGCCCUUAAAUUUAUGAAUUGACAUUGAUAAUUAUUUCUCCAGUCUGUGAAAAAUCUCACCUUAGAAAAAUAAGAAAAGAAAUUUUUCACAUCAGUGAUCAACCAGCUAAACAUUGUAAGUUCAAAAACUUUUGAAAUGGAUAUUGAACAAGAAGAAAUAUACGUGUUCUGUCACAGCCUACCUAAAGUAGUAAGUAUGCCUUCUUAUUGAAAUAAUUCAGUUCUUAAUUGAUGCACUUAGAAAUAUGCAAUGUCCUUUAGAGAUUUAAUAAUAAUAUGGAUAAAAGUGUUAGCAGUAGUCUAGGUUCCAAAGACUUUUUAAUGACUUACUAUUUCUAAAUUAAAUAACCUAUUUAUUUUUUGUUUUUAUUAAUUUAGGUCUGUAUGGAACACCAAUGGCUGUAUAUGUAAUAGAAUACAGAGUUUUAAAACGAUUAAACUUAUUGAUAAUACUUUUCUGGUCCUUGUUCUCAGGAACUUCAUGCUCAUCUUAACACAAGUUACAGUAGACAAACAUUAGAAGAACUAAUGGACCUCAAAGGGGGAAGUGAGGGAAUAGAGGAAAUGCACAUAUCAUCCAAUAAAGACAUUGAUGAGUAAACAAAAAUCAAUCUUAAAGUAGUCAGGUUUUUUGUCAGAUGAUAUACCUUUCAACAUUAUACAUAUAUUUUUGUUUGAAAUUGAUUGUUGUGCUUUAUUAUUAAUGAUUUUUAAAAACCAUUUUCAUCUUUUUUUUGUUUUUGUUGAUUUAACAGAAGCUUCACAUUUUUUACAAAGAUUCAAAAGCUAGUCACCACAAAAGAAGCUGUUUAUUUGGUGAGUUUUGAAAAUGAAGUGUUGAUGUGUUCUUUCUAUUUAGUGGAUUGGUGUUACUUAUUCUUUGAAGAGCCUUUAAAUGUAAAUGAAGUAUUGGGCCAGAAUUAUAUAUCUUGCAAACUAAAUAGAAUAAUGGUUAUGCCUUGUGACUCUAAAAUGUAACUUGUAAUAUAUUUUGUCUAUGUAUAACUAAAAUUUUUGUGAACCUGACAUAUGGUGUUGGUCAUUUCACAUAAGUUUGUCAGUACAAUAGCUUUGAUUCAAAAGUGCUUAGGUGAGACUCAAAAUUUUGAAACACAAUGUUGUAUUUUCACUUUAAAUAAAUCCAGCUUACAGUUACUGUAGAUUUGCUAUCUUGAUGUGUAUUAAUACAAUGUAUUUGACAAUUUUCAGUAACUGAAUCUGUUUAGAUUUUUAUAUAUUGUAUUUGGCUGAAAAAGUGCGACAUAAUUUUUAAAAAAUAUAAAUGUCUUACAUCAGCUUACUCGAAGAGUUAUAGAGGAGUUUGCACAAGACAAUGUUAAGUAUCUAGAGCUGAGAUCCACUCCCAAAGAAAUCCCAGAAACUGGUAUGACAAGAGAACUGUAUAUGAGGACCAUGAUAGAUGCUGUCAAAGAUUGUCAAAAAGAAGGAUUGGACAUUGUGGUCAGACUUUUAGUUUCAAUUGACCGCAGACAUGGCACAAACAUUGCAGAAAUUACAAUUGAACUUGCAGAAAAAUUGAUGCAAGAAGAAGAAGGGCUGGUGAUUGGAAUUGAUGUUAGUGGUGAUCCAAAGGUAAACUUUUAUUUUUUAAUGGACCUAUGUUCAUUUUAAAAGCACUUGAUAUAAAAAAUGAUGACAUAUUUAUUUCCCAAAAUUAAUUUUUUUGAUUAAAGCCUACAGAUCUUUACAUUUAUGAUUUGACAUUGUUUGUCCCCUGUUGUUUUUUUAUGAUAUAAGUCUUUAGAAAGGAACUAUUUUAGUAUUAAUUGCAACACAGUCAUUGACUAUGGCAUAUAAUACUUUUGUGUCUGAAUUAAUUUAAUUUGGGGGCUUGUUUCUGACACAUUUAUGCACUCUACUCCUUCCAAGGUGUUUUUAGUGCCCACUGUCAUGGAUUGUAUCACCUGUCUUGCUAAUGGACAAUUUUGAAGUUUGAAAAUAGUGUUUUUAACUGUGAUUUUAAAAAAGACUAAUUUUCAAACUAAUUAAAAUUAUAUUUUGCAUAGGUAGGAGAUGCAACGGAUCUGAUACCAGUGUUGAUAGAAGCUGGUAAACGAAACCUUAAACUUGCACUCCACUUGGCAGAGGUAAAGUAAAUUACUAUAUUUAAAAAAUAUAUUAAAAAUUUAGCAGAUGUGACACCAAUACAUAACCUUUUAGCUAAUAAAAAAUAUAAUCAGCUCUCAUUUAACGAUUUUUUGUAUUAUUUUUUACCUUUUCAGAAUUUUUCCCUUUUUUUUUUAUUUUUUUUAUUUUUUUACUUUUAAAAUUUCUGGGUUUUCCUGCACCCCUUGUCAGGGCCAGAACAAUGAGGAGGCAAAUGAGGGACUUGCUUCGGGUAACAAUAAAAAAGGACACCAAACUUAUAAAAAAUACUUAGUAAUAAAAAAUUGAAUGCAUAGAUGUGCAAAUUUAUCCUUCUCCCUCAGGUGAAAAUAGUCCCGCUCUGCCUCUGGCACUGCCACCCACGACCCCUGGUUUAAAAUCUGAUCUAGAUAUUUAAUGAAUACUGAACCAGAAUAAAAGAUGUGUCCCCUUCUCAGUUUAUGAAUUAUUACUGCCUUACAGCUUCCAUUAUAUGCUGAAACUAGAAAUGUUCUAAAAGCUUGUUGUCAGGACAAUUCAUUUCCAGUACGAAUAGGUCAUGGUACAUAUUUACAUCGCAGUGACCAACAGGAAAAAUCUUCGGAAAAUGAAAUGGAAGAUCUUGUAUUACAAAAGAGGAUACCACUAGGUAAAUUUGUUGAUCUGUAAAUGUUGAUAUUAAAAGCGCAAUAAAUCAAAUUUUAAGAAUAACUUUGCUUUAGUUUACCAGUAGUUAGAUUUAAGGUGUUAAUUUUCUCUUGAGUUUAAUAAUUUAUUAUUUGGCGAUAGAAAAAUAAUCAUGUUAUCUAUUAAUUUAAUAGAAUUAGAUAUAUGAAAUGAGUAAUAGGCAAAUAUGAAAAGGAGGCAAAUAUUUCUGAUAUUCUUAUAAAAAAUUAUAAUUUAAAAAUGGGAGUAGCUAACAAGAUUUCUGGUAGAGAGUAAGUUUUUCUUAAUUACAGAGGCCUGCAUUACUUCCAACUUGCGUACUAUGACAGUGGACAGUGUGGAAAAACAUCAUUUUAAAUACUGGUACGACAAAGAUCAUCCUAUUGUGAUCUGUGUAAGUUCAAUGGUUUUUAGCUUUUAAUGUAUAUUAAGAUUGUUUGACUUUUUUCAAAAAGUAGCAGUUGUUUUUGCGGUUUAAUUCCUAGUUACGGGUUUAAUUCCUAGUUACCGGUAUGUAAUACUAAUACUAAUGAUAACUUGUAAUCAGUUGCUCUGUUGAACUUAAAUGAGACACAGAUUUCUGAUUUCAGACUGAUGGAAAAGGUGUCUACAAUACAAGUCUAACGCAGGAAUAUGUAACAGCUGCUACUGUAUUCAAUUUAAAUAAAGAGAAGAUCAAGGCUUAUAUUGAGAAAACAAUAGACUGUAUAUUUGAGGGAGAUGUAAUUAAAGAAAAGCUUAGGCAAAAGCUCAGGGAUAUUCCUAUAAAAUAAUUUAAACUAUCACCGUGGAUUAUGUCUGGGAAAUCCUUUUGGUUCUUACAUUAAUAUUCAGGAAAAUGUUAUCAUCCUUUAGGCCACAGAUUGAAAGAAAACAACUGAUUUUUUAAAUAUUAAAAGGUUGAAAUUUACAUUUCAUUAUUUUAAGACUAAUGUAAUGACCUAGAAAGAUAAGUUGUGUUAAAUUAAUAAAAUAGAGCAUUUCCUGUUUGAACAUUGACCUACAUUAACUUUAUUGAGAUUUUAGAUCACAUGAGUUUAAUUUCCUGUUUUGAAUUAUCUAGUGAAGAAGGCUUCUCGCCAAAUCGUCAAUUUAAUUUACCUGACUUUUUAUUUUCUAGCCUAAACAUAUCUUGUUCCACUAUUUCUUUAAUUACUUCACACUGCUUGAUUGCAGUCCCUCUAUAAUUAAAUUAAUGCCAUUGUGUUAGUAGUUUAAAUGUUCAUAGUGUCAAAUGUUGUGUUAUUUACAGUCAUUUUUGUGAGUGCAAUUAACUGUUUAAAAAAAAUCUCCUUGUUUUUUGUCAUUAAGUUCAAUAAUAAACAGAUAUUUUUGUGAAUCACCUGCUUUAUACUUAUAUCAUUGUAGAUGUCCUGUUAAUAAACACCUCCCUAGAAUCAAUACACGGGCAUAAAUUUGGGGGUAGUUCUGUAAUCAAGGUGAGCAGAUGAUGGAUAAGCCAAUAAUAAGAAAUUAGAGAAUGUUAAGAAUAUAGAAAUAGAAUCUUAAAAGUCUGUCAUCUUCACUUCCUGACACAUGAAGCGUUUAAAAAAGUAAGAUCUGAACUACAGGUGUAUUUUAUUUAUCUUGGUAGUCAUAUAAUGUUUAAUAAAUUCAAAGAUAACAUUUUUUUCAUGUUUUAAGUUAGUUAAAUUUAUUUAAUAAAAAUUACAUAAAUAAUUUUUACAAAUUCAAAUGAAAUGGUCAUGUUUCAGUUUCAGAGAGGAUUCACAUUAGAUAAGAUUUAGGUGUCUUGAUGUCUAUUAAAAGAUAGAUAUAUUUCAACAAUAAAAUGUAUUAAUAUAAAAUUUUUAA